GCUCAAAAGAAAUAUCCAAUUUUCAAUCUCUUCUCCGACAUUUGCACUCAAUUUCUCUCGAAUCCAGUUCCAAGAGUAGCAAUGGAGCUCACUCCCCAGCAGCUGAAAGCCCACGACGGCACAGAUCCCUCAAAGCCCAUUUACGUAGCCAUCAGAGGCCGUAUCUACGACGUCACCUCCGGCAAGUCCUUCUACGGCCCCGGCGGAUCUUAUUGCGUCUUCGCAGGCAAGGAUGCUAGCCGCGCCCUAGCCAAGAUGAGCAAGGAGGAGAGCGACGUCGUUCCUAACCUUGAUGGCCUCACCGAGAAAGAGAUCGGCGUCCUUGACGACUGGGAAAAGAAGUUCCAGGCUAAGUACCCGAUCGUCGGCACUGUAACUAGUGAUUAGAGAGUUGAAGAAGAUAAGAUACCCUAAGUGACUGCUUAUAGAUUGAUUGAUGAUUCAAUCAAAUCGAUCAGUUUGUGGGAGCAGUCACAAGUGUUCCGUUAUGUGCGGUUCUGUUGUUGUGUGUUGUGUGUAUGUGGAUUUGUAUUGACUUAUGGAAUUUGCAUAUACUUUGUGUUUAUUAAUAAUAAAUUUGUGGUUGGUGAAGA